AUGCCGCCUCCGCCUUCCCGCUUCCUCGCCCUCCUCUCCGCGCGCCGCCCGCCCCCGCUCCGCCGCCUCCUCCAAGUCCACGCGCACCUCCUCGCCGCCGGCCUCCUCUCCUCCUCCUCCGACCUCCCCUCCCGCCUCGCCGCCGCCUACGCGCUCUCCACCGCGGACGCCUCCUUCCCGUCCCCGCUCCACCACGCGCUCGCGCUCCUCGCCCCGCUCCCCGCCUCCGCCUACAACGCGGCGAUCCGUGCGCUCUCCUCCUGCGGGGACGACGAAGGAUACCGACACGGCCGCGGAGGCGCAGGCGUCGUCGUCGUCGUCCGCCGCUGCCUCCCGCUCUACCGCGCGCUCCUCCGCUCCGGGGCCGCGCGGCCGGACCACCUCACCUUCCCCUUCCUGCUCAAGGCGUGCGCGCGUCUGCGCGAGAGGGGAUACGGCGACGCGGUCCUUGGGCACGUACUCCGGCUCGGGCUCGACUCCGACGUCUUCGUGGUGAAUGCCGCUACGCAAUUCCUCGCUGUCCGCGGGUCCAUGUCGGACGCCCACAGGCUGUUCGAUCAAAGUACCGUAAGGGAUUUAGUGUCAUGGAACACGCUGAUUGGAGGGUAUGUGCGGCGGGGCAACCCUGGGGAGGCACUGGGGCUGUUCUGGAGGAUGGUGGCAGAGGAUGCAGUGGCGAGGCCUGACGAGGUCACGAUGAUUGGGGCUGUGUCAGCUUGUGGGCAGCUGCGGGACCUGGAGCUCGGGAGAAAGCUACAUGCAUUUGUGGAGGGUAAUGGAGUGAGGUGCACGGUGAGGCUGAUGAAUGCAAUUAUGGAUAUGUAUGUCAAGUGUGGCAGUUUGGAGCUUGCUAAGUCUGUUUUUGAGAGGAUCGAACACAGAACAGUUGUUUCUUGGACGACAAUGAUCGUGGGGUAUGCCAAAUUUGGAUUCAUGGAUGAUGCACGUAGAGUGUUUGAUGAGAUGUCUGAUAGGGAUGUGUUCCCAUGGAAUGCACUGAUGACCGGUUAUGUGCAGUGUAAACUGUGCAAAGAGGCUCUUGCCUUGUUCCAUGAGAUGCAGGAAGCAAGAGUGGAGCCUGAUGAGAUCACAAUGGUUAAUCUUCUAACUGCUUGUUCGCAUCUUGGAGCACUAGAAAUGGGGAUGUGGGUUCACCGUUACAUUGAGAAACAUCGGCUUGUACUUAGUGUUGCUCUUGGCACAUCUCUUGUUGACAUGUACGCGAAGUGUGGGAACAUUGAGAAGGCUGUCCACGUGUUCAAAGAAAUUCCUGAAAAAAAUGCACUCACAUGGACAGCAAUGAUAUGUGGUCUAGCGAAUCAUGGACAAGCUAGUGAGGCCAUAGAGUACUUCCGGGCAAUGAUAGAUCUUGGACAGCAACCAGAUGAGAUUACGUUUAUAGGGGUUCUUUCAGCAUGCUGUCAUGCUGGUUUGGUUAAAGAAGGUCGGGAAUUUUUCUCCCUGAUGGACACAAAAUAUCAUCUUGAGAGGAAAAUGAAACAUUAUUCAUGUAUGAUAGACUUACUAGGCAGGGCAGGCCAUUUAGUCGAAGCAGAGCAGCUAGCAAAGACUAUGCCUAUGGAACCUGAUGCAGUAGUUUGGGGUGCUAUCUUUUUUGCUUGUAGGAUGCAUGGUAAUAUCUCUCUUGGAGAAAAGGCAGCAAUGAAAUUGGUAGAAAUUGAUCCUAGUGAUAGUGGAAUCUAUGUGCUACUAGCUAACAUGUAUGCAGAAGCGAACAUGAGGAAGAAGGCUGACAAAGUCAGGGUUAUGAUGAGACAUUUGGGAGUGGAGAAAGUUCCGGGGUGCAGCUGCAUUGAGCUGAAUGGUGUGGUUCAUGAAUUUAUUGUGAAGGACAAGUCACAUACGGAUUCGGAUGCUAUUUAUGACUGCUUGCAUGAGAUCGCCCUACAAAUAAGGCAUACCGAUGACUUGCUUAACAUUUCUGCUACUGGUGUGGUGUAGUGUUCUUUAGGCCAAAACAGCUGGCUGAGCUGUGCAAGAUGAUAUGUCCAGUUGUGUUGCACAAUUCCUCUGAUGUGCAAACUCAACAAUGUUAUUUCCACAUGUUGAUUAAUACCUGAGGCAUUCCCAAUAGCUUUCUGGUCGUUUUCUUGCAGCUUGCAUGCCAAUGCAAACAGUAAUGUUCCACUACAGCUUGCAAAGUUCUCAUAUGCUCCUUACUCCAUCUUCAUUAGUUCCACUUGCUAGGUUUAUCCAUUAGCUCUCUGUGGUCCAUACUCCAUACUCCGUUUACUGGGCAUUCCUGCUGACCUACUACCUGCCUCAUCACGAGCCUUAUCCUUCUACAUUUUGUCCUGGUUUUUGGCCUGCACUUUGGCAUCAUGGCGUUUGUGAUUUCCAAUCUGCUGUUAUAUGUAUGGAGCAUCCGUGCUAGCCAACAACAAUACCAAAUGCUUAUCACUUAUGAAGCCUUCGCUAGGCACAGUCACCACUCACUAUUAUGUGAUUGUGGUGGCACGUUCAGUGCCUUGGAUUUGAGUUAUGGUGAGAGUAGCUGCUGGAUACCAUUAUUGUUUGCUUCGUUUCAGCAUAAGUUCCGGACACAUACUUUCAACAAGGCUCAUGAUUCAAAUUCUGUACACAUUCAUCUUAGUUUCCGUUUAACAAUUGCACUUCAAGCUUUGCUGGGUUUUUACCAUGGAUUGCCUAAAGCCAUAAACAUUGCAGAGGCUUCUCCAGUUUGAUCGGUUGCUUGGAUUUCGGCAGGCAUUUGCAUAAGUGAUCUUUCCUAUUUGUUGUGAGAAGAGAAAAGAUGAUCCAAUCUGAGUGUGGCAAUAAAGACUAAUUACCAUAUAAUUUGCUAGUGGGAAAAAUUGAUAUCAGCAUGAAGAUUCAUCAAAACGAGAAAACCGAGAAGGCACAACCCUCCUCUCUUAUGGAAAAGUUUCUCACCUAACAGAAUUGGAUUCUGUUGAUAUUAUUCUACUACAUAUUGAUAGGAAUGAAUAAAAGCAGUUUGCACAUGCAAAUGGCAUGAAGUUCUUUUGUUGUGGCUCCCAUCUUGAAGAAUCCAAGCAUCUGGAUUUUCUUAUCAUACACUGUCAUCAGCUCCACAAAAUUUCAUAUUCUACUGAUUGAUAGCUGACAAGUACAAGAAAGUUGGAUAUCAAGCAAUGAACAAGCUUAAUCUGUGACUCAACUUGAAUACCAUGUUAGACUAGCCAUUUGAUAGGAAUAUAUGCCACUGAAAUCAGUGGCUGUUUCUCUGCACAUGACAUGGGGUUGGAAUUAUAAUAUCAAAUUUCUAUGUUGUUCCAAUAAUGCUUUAUUGGUGUUGCUAUGGAUUCCACAAGUCCCUACAUCUGGCUUGAAGGUGCAUUGAACUUAGCAUCUAAUUUGAAUACGAGGAAGGUGCCCUACCAGUGUCUCAGGUUUGCACCAUAAUAUUUGGAAGAUUGAUCAGCAUCAAAGUUUCCGGGUUCAGGGCAAUUGACAUUAAGUAGGUCUCCGAAAAUCACCAGCGAUCAGUUUUGCCAGAUGGAACAGGACUGUGGCCUAUGUACAAUACUCAACAGUAACUAGAAUCAAUUGAGAAUCUGAUAUUUGGAAUUACAAGUAAUGUAUUAUCAUUA